UUAAUAAUAUGGAACAAGCCGUUAGCCCAGUGUUAGAUACGCUGUGUGGAUGUGCUUCUCUGCUUGCUCCGUUCGUAGUAUGUGUAGCAUCCAAAACAAGUUCGUUGCCUAAGUCUUUUGUUUGGGUAUCGAACUGGACUCAUCGGCGAAGCUUGGCACUCAUUCGGAUUCUCAUUUCAGCAUCAGCCUAGCAUGACACGGCUCAAUUAGGCCGCUUAACGCUUUCAUUCAACCCACAAGAGCGCGGUCUGGACUCGAAACCCAUUCAAACAUAAACCAAGAACUAGAACUCCACAUCUCAUCGCAUCGCAUCGCCUCACACGCACCACUGACCUCCUCCGGAAAGGGGAACCAAGGCCACCGGCCACACCAUCCUCCCGCUAGCCAGCAUAAUUUCUCUCUGAAAACCGCACUCACACCUGUCUGAACACACAUAUCUUCCUUCCACCGUCUUGGACAAACAUCGCAACCGCAAUCGCAACGGCAAUCGGAACCGCAACCGCAACCGAAACCGAAACACGAAUAAUGAAUUAUCAAAAGACCAGUGAAAAGCAGUCGCCGUCCUCAUUGAAGAAGCGGCCGCCGGGCAACGGCAAUAGCAUACAAAACUUUUGGAACGAACGCAUUAUGGAGCGCUUCAUAAAGGCAAAUCUAUUCAUUAUCUGCUGUGUGGUGGCAGUUCUUCUGCUGAUCGUGUAUCUGGGGGCCUUCUCAUGCGAAGUUUCUUGGAUACUGGAGGCCCAUGGGGAACUGCCCUUUGCCGCAUACACCUUGUGCUCGCUUUACUUCGUGAUGUUCGUAGCGACCACGAUCCUCAUCCACGGCCUGGUCAGCGGGCUGUGCUGGCCCCUGUUUGCCUGGUCGGGCAUCAUCGGGCUGCUGUCCAUCCCGGAGCUGGUCUUUGUAAUGCUCAUGACCACGCAGCACUGGGGCUUACAGUCGGUGCAUGGCUUGACGGAGCUGACUUCUUACCUGAUUCGCCUGAUCAUCAACUGCUUUGCAUUGAUUUGCGUAAUUCCCACGGGCAUUCGGUGGCGACGUGAGACCCAGGUUCUCAGCCAGUUGCAGGGACUGGCCACCCGGCUAUCCCUACAAACGCCCGCUCCCAGUGUCCCAAUGACCAAGGCAGACUCCCGGCGCUCCAGUCAGCGUAUGAGUGGAUUCGAGAAUGCCGGCUACCAGCUGUGCGACGAGACUGGGGGCAACAAGUUGCCCCUCGGUCCAGGUUUGGGACUAAAUAACCAGUGUGGCGGUAGUCAAGCGUUCGGCUCCCAGAACGAGUUCAAUGCCAGCAUGUUUGCGCCAGCUUUGGCGCAGCAGUUUAAUAACGCUACGAUGAUGCAACGGGGUGGGUCUGGAGCAGCACCGGGUGGUCACCGAGCCCAGUCUCUGAUGGAUCUGCGCUGCACACUGCCGGGAAUGUACAAUCCCCGACAUGUCCUGGAUACAGAGGACAAGAAUGCCAAGUACUUUAACAUAACCAUUGAUGAUCUGAAGAACAAUCUGCAGGACUCCCACCGACCCUCGCCGCCUUCCCUAAUCGGUUCGACUAGCAACGAUCCCAUAUACUGCUCCAUCGAGCCCAAGCAGUUGACACCACCACCCGCUCAGCAGAGGAACCACCAUCGCCCUCGGGGCAGCCACAAGCAACCCCCGCCGGGCAAGCUCUCCCGGAACUGUGUGUCCCUGGAGAAUCUGGACGGGAUCAGCAAGGUGCAGAAUGACCUGAACGCCUAUGGAAAUAAUCUGCUCCAGAAUUACACGCAGCAGCAGCAGUACUACCUGGCUAUGCUGCUCCAUCAGCAGCAGCAGCAACACAUGCUACACCAACAGGCUGGUGGCAUCUACCGGAGGCCAUCCAAUUGCAGUUCCACGGGAGGAUUCGCCGGUACUGUGCUAGCACAACCGCUCCAGCGACGUGGCUCUGCCCACAGCCAACAGCUGCAGUAUUACGGAGGCUUUGGCUACGCCAACUAUGCCAAUCCGUACAUCACGGCCAACAGCAAACUGUCACUGGGCAAUGAGUCCGACGACUACCGAAAGUAUCGCGACGUUGCACUCUGAGCCACUCCCGGGGCCCGGAUCCGAAGUAGAAUAUCAGUCAGCGCUUAGGUUAACACACUACAUGUAAGAGAUGCUCGAUUUAGAAUGAGAUUCCUCGGAAUAACGACCAAAGAGCCACAAACUAACUCAGUUUCAGUUCGUAGACUAACGUUUAACUGGGAGAAUUCACAUACCGCUUUGGGGAAAUACUAAUCUCGUGAUCGGGUCUCAAAAUUAAUGGU